AUGUGGGAUGCAGCUUUGCUGGUCUAUGUCCAUCAGACGAACUUCACAGAUAUGGUGAUCCUCUUAAUCGGAUGCGUGACCAAUUUGACGCUGCAAGUCUUCUUGCUUCUCACUGUCAGCAUGGACAUGCUUGACAACAGCUAUGAGGAAGAAAAGAUACAAGAGAUGUUGACUUGGCGUGUGGAGACUGGGCAUCAUCUUGCCGUCUUUGAUGACAGCCGUGGUUUGAGUAGGUUAGACAAGCUAUGCAACAACAAGUUGUGGGCCUUUGAGCAGGAUGAGUACAACAAGCUGUAUGACUACCUGUACAAGCCCAUGCCCGGGUUUGCCCUGAGCACGCUCGCUAUCAUCAUGUGGAUCUUGACGAUCAUGAAGGAGUACCGGCGUUGCGUGGAGCAGGCGUUGGCAGUGUAUCACCUCGACAGCAAGGACGUGGUGCGUGGUCGGGAGUUGGUCACCACAGAGGAUGAUACCAUGCAGAUUGUGGGGCUCAGCAGAAUGAAGAAAGGCCUGGACAUGACCGGGCUAGGCGAGAGCACCUGA